AACCUCGCAUCUUAUUCUCGGAGAGUGAAUCAUGGACGGACUGGGACUGUAGAGCCAGGAGCGGAGCGGAGUGCUGCGCCGCGCCACCGGUGAUUUAUUUUGGGUACUUUUACGCGUCUGGUUUGGUUGUGGGCAGGGGAGCAGGAGGGACUAAAGGGGGGAUUUGCUGUCGUGUGAACAUUGUCUCAUCCCAUGAUGGGACACGGCAGCUACCGCCUGCCGUGAGGAUGACCCACAGAACCAGCCCGGCCAAGGCGUACGACUUUCUGCUCAAGUUUCUCCUGGUGGGGGACAGCGAUGUGGGGAAGGGGGAGAUCCUGGCGAGCCUGCAGGACGGAGCCACCGAGUCUCCGUACGGCUACAACAUGGGAAUCGACUACAAGACGACCACCAUCCUGCUGGACGGACGAAGAGUCAAGCUGCAGCUCUGGGACACGUCUGGCCAGGGGCGAUUCUGCACCAUAUUCAGAUCCUAUUCAAGAGGAGCACAGGGCGUUAUUCUAGUCUACGACAUCACCAACCGCUGGUCCUUCGACGGCAUCGACAGGUGGAUCAAAGAGAUCGAUGAGCAUGCCCCGGGGGUGCCGAAGAUCCUGGUGGGGAACCGGCUCCACCUGGCCUACAAGCGGCAGGUGACCACGGAGCAGGCGCAGGUGUACGCCGAGCGGCUGGGCGUCACCUUCUUCGAGGUGAGCCCGCUGUGCAACUUCAACAUCACCGAGUCGUUCACCGAGCUGGCCCGCAUCGUCCUGAUGAGGCACGGCAUGGAGCGCCUCUGGAGGCCCAACAAAGUUCUGAGCCUGCAGGAUCUGUGCUGCCGCUCCAUCGUCUCCUGCACCCCCGUCCACCUGGUGGACAAGCUCCCUCUGCCGCUGGCGCUCAAGUCCCACCUCAAGUCCUUCUCCAUGGCCAACGGCCUCAACGCCCGCAUGAUGCACGGACGCUCCUACUCGGUCACCGCCAACGCGACCCACGGCGCCACCAAGAGGACCGGAGGGACGCUGCUGAAAAAGCCCAAACUGAUCCGGCCGCCGCCCCUCAGCCCCUCGGCGCAGAGCUGUGCACGAAACAGCUGUAAGAUAUCCUGACUGGCUGCAGGAGCAGGAGCGCUGUACAGUGAACGUCGUGUGUGCAAAUAUCCUCCGUCGACGGGACGCAGGAGGAGUCUCCGAUCAGUUUGUGUUUUUGACCCCAGACAGGAGCUAAAGUGGUGACGCUGGUUUGUGUUUUCUGCGGUUCUGCAAGGCCUCAGUUGUCGUCGUUACAACUGGAGGGACAGGUUUGAUAAAGUACGUGGGUUUGAUGUAACAGGCAGGAAUCAACGCCGAGGUUCUCUGCCUCAGGAGAACGCGUUGUGAGGAUGAGUUCGGUGUCGGGACGGAAAGUGUUUGCGAUCUUUAAAGGAAAAAUCCACCCUAGAACUCCUUCGGCUCCUCUGCUGAUGUAUCAUACCGUUCUGCAGCUUCAUCUUGUCGCCAGGUGGUGUGUUUUUCUUGCUUCUGACCCUAACCGUGCCGUCGCAGACGAGGCGACGUCGCAUCCACGUGUUCCCAGCAGCUCCAGUUUCACUUUGAUAGAUCUGGAAAAUAUCUCAGGAUCUAAAACGUCAGGUUUCGGUGCCGGUCCCCUCACCAUCAAAGAGCGAGGAGCUUCUUUUCCAGAGCUGCCAAUUUGCACCGACGUUCAACAACCACGCAGGAGCAGCACAUGGACCAGAAUGCACUGCUGCAGCCUCAAUAUACCAGAAUGCACUGCAGCGACAAGACAAGUUGGGUUUUGAGUCAGGGCCGUGAGCGCAGUGAUAGAUCUUAAAGCCCACAGCUGACUGAUCGCACUUUCAAGCUAUUUAUAUGUCCACACGCCCACUUUUGAUUGACAACGACAAGUUCACGCCCCUCCUCUGGUGGUGGUUGCAAAGCAUUCUGGGAAACGUAGGGCAGUAAAUUAUAACUGAUAAUAACAGGCUGGAUUUUUCCUUUAAAACCCCUGUACGGGCGAUUUGUUGUUUCCCCUCAGUUGUGCAGCCUUUGCCUCAGGAUGUUUUGUAUAAAAACACACAUGCAGUAUGUAUGUGGGUGUGUGCAGCAUUCACACUGACACAUACACACCUAUACACACACACACACACACACAUACACACAUUUUCACGCACUUUGCACACUUUAUUUUUGCACAAGCUACCCAAAAUGCAUGAACACACUUUCGAGAUCCUUUCUGUCUUUCAGAUGAAAUGUACAGUUAUUGCAGCCUCCGCGUCGAAAACCACCCGGAUUUUCACGACCAACAGCCGCAGUUUCAAUUUGUGUAUGAUAUUUGUACCAUGUGUUGUAAAUAUUGCUGUUUGAUACGAUUCAAUGGUUACUCAGUCGGGUUUGUAUCUGUUUUUCAAUGUACAGUGAUGUUAUUUUUCCCCCCGAGGAUAUGAGUGACACCUCCACCAAAGACUUAACCCGAAACAGACAGAGGAUGUCGCUGAACGGAACGGUCUGUUUUGCACUGUUUGUCAAUGUUUAAUAAGGAUUUCCAAUAAAUUUUAACAUCAGG